UGAAAUGGGAAAAAAUAAAUAAAAACUCGCUCCACAAAAUUACAAUAUAAAAGGAAUUUACGUUUUCCUCCUUGUAUUCUAUUUAGGUUGAAACUGCACCGUUCUCCACACACUCCAUUUUCAAUUUUCAAUUUUCAAUUCUCAGAUUGCAGAUUGAAUCGAGCGAAUCAGAAACCCUAAUUUUCGAGUAUGGGUCAGAUCCAGUAUUCCGAGAAGUACUUCGAUGACACUUACGAGUAUAGGCAUGUGGUUCUGCCUCCUGAAGUUGCUAAACUGCUUCCUAAGAAUCGGCUUCUCUCCGAAAAUGAGUGGCGUGCAAUUGGGGUUCAGCAGAGCCGUGGCUGGGUUCACUAUGCCAUUCAUCGUCCUGAGCCUCACAUAAUGCUUUUCAGGAGGCCUUUGAAUUAUCAGCAGCAGCAGGAAAACCAGGCUCAGCAGAGCAUGCUUGUCAAAUGAUUACUAAUUUCCAUUGGAAAUCUGAAAGUGGAAUACAAAAUAUUAUAUAGGUUUUAUAGUCUUUGGUUGUGGAAUUCUCUUCUGUGGAGAAUUUUAAGUAUGAUCCAUUGUCAUUUUAAUGUGCUUUUAGACUUGAUGUUUCUACAUGUAUGUUGGUGUACUUCUGUGUACUCCUAUAGCUUGUGGAUUAUAUAUCAGUUAUUUUCUGUUA